AUGCUGCCUACUGUCUUGCAUGACAAAGAGCAAACUGGAAGGGAGCAAAGUGGAACGACGUCGAGAGUUUCCGUUCCACCUACACAGAAUGGAGAAGCUGAAGAGCCAUUGAUAAUUUCAACACCGUUUGCUCCUCAAGAUGCCCGGUUCCGUCCGCGGCUACAGAACCGGCCGUUCCUACUUUCAUUGGUCGCCGUUAUUUCCGCUGCAACGAUUCUGAUUAUGGUUUCCGUCUGUAAUGCAUGGCUUAGCAGAAAGCAGGUUUCAGGUGUCACACGUCGUAGGUUGUCUGACAACGGGGACGUUGUCGAUCAAGAUGAGCAAGCCAUCCUAGAAGGUUGCUUGCAACUGGAGGCCGAGCUGGGCAUUCUGCACCAAAGGGAGAUCUCCGGUCCGGAAACCGACGCGGGAACGCGGGUAGAAGGACUGGUUUCGGCCUUACACGCUGCUGCCGCAGAGCAUGAAGCGGCGCGAGGGACAAUGCUGCUCAACGAGGGCACCGCGACCUCCCACUUGGUCCCUGGCCAAGUCCAGGAACGCACAGAGGAAACAUCGCCAGGAGUGCAAGGUUCACUUCCGUCUCACGGUGAUGAAGCGGUAUAUUUGCCUGCUACCUCGUCGUCUGCAACUCCUCCGGAUCGUGAUGAAGCGGUAUAUUUGCCUGCUACCGCGUCGUCUGCAACUCCUCCGGAUCAGGGUCCUUGGGGUGCCGCCGAAGCCAUUGAUCCUGAUGGGUGGUUAACGAGCAUUCCAGAUAUAGCUGGCACGCAAGAUGAGCAACAUGAGGAGACAGAGGACCUGUUAGAGCCUCCUAUUGUUAUCGAGUCAGACGAUGAACAGCCAUCAACUUCAACGUCGGCGGUGCUAGAGCCUCCCGGCGCCGAAGAGGAAUCGGAUGAGACACUGGAUAUUGCUCGUCACCCAUAUGUGCGGCUUCCACAGCUGGAAGACGAUGUAUACAUUAGAAACAUCGACGUGGAGUCUCUAUUUUCUGAUUACCGGAGGAGAAUACAACCUUUCUUUUACCUGCAGAUUGUAACGAAGCUGAUGGAUAAGGAUGUCCUCGAUCAGCAAGACGUACAUAUGCUGAUAUCUGCGACAGAAGGGUUGAUAAGCACCUCGUGGCUCCAGGCAGGAAGGCCUCUUCGGAAAAGUCGCCCCGUGUUUGUCGCCGAUACAUUCGCGAAUCAGUUCUUAACAUUUGAUGCGAUUGUAUCCGUCAUUGAACUGUUGGGCGAUUCUAUGCAAGCUGACUUAUGGUGGGACCAAUUCAUAGCUGGCUUUACCCACGAGGCGCCUAGAAUGUUUCCGUCCGGAGGCAAGUCAACUGGGGGGCUUAACAGGAGGUUGACAAGGCGCCUAUGUGAUGCGCUGGAAGUCCUCAAAACAAGAAAACGCCCACCACUUGCGGACGUAGUUGCACUUAAAAAGGCGCUGUUUUGCUCUCCAGAUGCUCCUUUUAGUUUCAAGGAGCCAAAAUGGGAUCAUUGGCGUGGGAAGGGAAAAUGUGAUUAG